AUGACUUGUCCUUCGCUUCCUUCAUCACGUGCUUCCUCUUCACAUCAAGCUGUUCCGAAAAUUUCACUUCUUUCCAUCGUUCUUCUUCUCCUAUUUAUUCAUCAUACUUUCGGAUGUGAUUUUUCAUUACCGAAUGAAAAGCCUUGUUUGGAUUGGUCCUACUCGGAAGCCAAUCAAUGGGCUCAGCAGUGUCCCAACUCUCAAUGUGGAGGUUCCUCUCAAUCGCCUGUUCCAAUUCUUUCUUUCCAAAAUAUCAUUUCGUAUGAUCAAUAUUUACUUCAAGCCUUGUACAACAACGGUUCCAACCCAAACACGUUGCCCUCACUCUUGUAUGAUUUCUCAAAUGAAACCAAACGUUCCUUAACCAUUCACGGCCUGUUUCAAGAGAUGAGCAAGAACUCUUUGGAUUUUACCUUACUCAAUUCGGGACAUACCAUCAUGUUGAGUUUGAAUGAAACAUCAUCGGCAAUGAAACAACCCGUCUAUAUCGAUCGUUACUUUCUAGUGAGAGAAACAAGUACUUCUUCAUCAUUCAACAAGAACCUUCCUUUCCGACCAUCAUCGGUCGCUCUCAAGGUUCCUGGAUACAAUAGUAUUCGAGUUCCAUAUCGUUUGAAACAAUUUCAUUUUCAUACACCUUCUGAACAUGUAUUUAAUUGGUUUUCCUAUGAUUUGGAAGUACACUUUGUAUUUCAAAGAGAGGAUUUGGAAAAGGCUUUGGAUGCAUUGGUUCCAAGAAUUACGGUUGUUGGAGUUGUGUUGCAAGCUUUGGGAAUGAUCGAUCAUCCCCUUAUAGAUGUUGUGGUCAGAAAUAAGGAUUAUUUAAUGAAACAUGUGGGAAAACCUGUCAAUACUCGUGAAGUGACAAGUGGCAUGUUGUUUGAUAUGGUUCCUCUUCGACAAGAACUAGAUCCUUUAUUCUCUUAUUUUGUUUAUAAUGGAAGUUUAACUACACCGAAUUGUAAUGAAAAUGUCAUGUGGAAUGUCGUGAAUCCUAACAUCUUUUUAGGAGCAUCACAAUACAUUUCAUUGAAUCAAAUGGCUGCAUUAAGACAAAUCAUGAAUCAGGCACAACAUGGAAAGAGAGAGAAUUCAUCCAAAGUGAGAGGACUGUCCAGUAGCACAGGUGACAACAUGACAAGUACAGACAAUGGUUUUUUAGGAAAUAAUCGACCUCUGCAAUCAUUGAAUGGAAGAAAAAUUAUUAGUAUUACUAGGUAA